AUCGUAAUUCUAUAACUACGCCUGUCAAAAUUUACCGAUCUUUUCACACGAAAUGAGACUUUGGACAAAACAAACAGUUUACAAAUUAGCCGAUGCCUGCGUCUAAAGAUAGCGCUUAUGAAAACUGGCUUUUUCGCUCUUUUGUUUCUCAAAUGUCUAGUACACAUUCCACCACAGCCUUGUCAUGGAGAAAGCUGUACCUCAGCCGGGCCAAACUGAAGGCGUCCAGCAGAACCUCAGCAUUGCUGUCAGGAUUUGCAAUGGUUGCACUGGUGGAGAUCAACAUGGACGACAAAACCCCAACGGUUUUACUAAUCUUGUUCAGCAUCUGCACGACUCUGCUAGUCUCGGUUCAUCUGUUGGCUCUGAUGAUCAGUACCUGCAUACUGCCACACAUUGAAGCUGUUUCCAAUGUCCACAAUGUGAAUGCAGUUAAGGAGUCUCCACAUGAGAAAAUGGAAUGUUUCAUAUUCAUGGCAUGGUCAUUUUCCACUGGAUUUGGAAUAAUUCUAUUUUUGGCAGAAAUUACUAUAAUAUGUUGGGUGCAGUUUAUAAAUCUGAGCAAAGAAGCUGCUAUAGUGUCAACAGCGAUUGUGGUGCCUCUUUUAGUGUUGUUCAUAGCAUUCGCAGCAUUCUUUUAUAAAAAGUUGAUUAGUCACAAGUAUGAAAACUAUAACCGAGACUUGGAAGAUCUUGAGCAUGAGUUUAAUCAGUUACAGAAUCAUUCAGCAAUUGAUCACACAAAUACAUCACAGGGCAUUCAGCUUGUGUAACCAGCAAAUCUGUGAGUUGAAAGUUUGCUCGAGUGUUUGUUACCCUUUUUAAAGUAAUACAAUAUAAGACAAAAAAGUGCUUCUCUUAUGAAAUGUUUUAACCCCUUACCACUUAGAUAAGUAUUUUUACGCAUGUGUAGUCCCUCAAAAAGUUCAAUUUAAUUUAAGACCUUUCUUACUAGAUUCAAGUUUUUAAGGCUUCAUCUCCUAACCUUAGAUACUAAUGAGCAGCAAACUGCAUAAAACCUGAACAGACUGCAAGUUACUGCCGUUUUCAAUUUUGCUCUGAGUGAUAAAUGGUUAAAAUGGGGUUACAUUGUUAUUAUUAGUUCAAUAAACGAUCAUGUCUAGUAUUUUGCAUCUUGACCUAGUUAUUUAUUGUUAAAUAAAAUGUACCCAAAGUUACAUUAGUUCAUAUGAAUGUCAUCUUCUAAAAAUGGCAAAAGUUUAUUAGAAGAACCAACAACUACCUGGUAUACAUCUGCAUUAGCAGACUCACUGACUGAAAUCUCGGAACAGUUAAUGUGAUUUCACUAAAAAUAGGUAUGGGAGCAUAAACAGUGAUCUAUGCACUCUAUAUGCACUUUCUAUGCACGUCCUUCCUCUUUGUCAUUCUUUGAAGUUAUGAACGUAAUGACUUUGAUAUAAAAAUGUCCAAAUGUAAUUGUUUAUUGUCCAAUUAUAUCUAUUUGUCCAAGGCAUCAACUUAAGUGUACAUUUGAAAUCCUGUGCAAUUGUGUAUGUAUGGUUUGUUAAAUAAAGGGGUGGCGGGGUCCGGUACACUUUCACUGACAAAACUGUCGACCUCAUUAUGAAUUCUUGAAAAAAGUACCUUAGUUUAGCUGGUUUUGUAAUGUUAAGGUAUUGUAAUCCUCUUAUUAAGAACAGAUCCAAAUUGCAUAUGUUUCAGGGAAAUGUAUGUGUAUGCCCUGUAGCAUUAAACAUAAUGAAAAGUGGUCCUUUCCUGAUAUUGCGUCUACUUUAUACACUUCUUAUACUACAAAAUUACAGCAUAUUUUUUUAUUCUUUUCUGGGAGGGGUAGCGAAUCUUGUAUUGAUCAUGAAGUUGUUUUAACAUGUAAAUAAUUUGAAGGAUGGGAAUGAAAGGCUUCUGUCAUGUAUCCUUGCUUUCCCUUUGGUGAUCUGUAGCUGCCCUCUUGGAGAAAACUUGCUGCCUCUUUGGUGUUUGUUUAAUACCCUAAGUGAGAAUACUUUGUGUAUCCUGGUUGUUCAUGUGAUGUACUCGUUCAGAAUACUUGCCCUCUGCUUGGUGUUCCUGAAUUAUUUAUGGUAGGUCAGUAGCGAUUAUGCAGUCAUAACAAUUAGUCUUUCAUGACAAAUGUUGGCUUUUGGUCCCCUACAAAGUUUGUAUGCCGCCUGUAGGGUGGCAUAUAGCAUUUGAACUGUCUGUCCGUCCCUCUGUCAGUCCGUCCGUCUGAAAACUUUAACAUUGGCCAUAACUUUUGCAAUAUUGAAGAUAGCAACUUUAUAUAUGGCAUGCAUGUGUAUCUCAUGGAGCUGCACAUUUUGAGUGGUAAAAGGUCAAGGUCAUCCUUCAAGGUCAAAAGUCAAAAAAUACAAUCCAAGGGAAGUAAUAAGCUUUAAAAGGGAGAUUAUUUCUAAACCUGCUAAAUGAUAUAUUGAAAUUUCAUUUCAAAGCUGGGCAAUAGGGGGCAUUGUGUUUCUGACAAACACAUUUCUUGUUCAAUAUUGGCCACGCCUCAGGGGUCAUAUGAUUUAUGUUUACUCGUAUAGUAAAUAACCUAAGUGUUUUUCUCUGAAACUGAAUGGAGAAUGGUUUUAAUAUUUGGUGUGUAAUAUUGUCAAGUAGUCCUCUACUUAGUUUGGUCAAAGCCUCCCACUUUGGGUCAAAACUGGCCACACCCCAGAGGUCACAUGAUUUAUAUAACAUUAUAUAUAAAAAACUUCACAACUAUUUCAUCUCAGAAACAGCAAGCCCUAUUUAUAUGGUUGUUUAUUAAACAUUUAUCUUGCUAUGACUUACACAAAUCUGCAUUUAUAAAGGCAUAUCUAUAGGAUUUGUUAAAAGUUAAUUUAAAUUUACUUGCACUUUAAAAAUAAUGUAGUCAAUCUGUGACAUAAUUAAGCCAACUUCUAGGUUGAUAUUCUAUGAGUUUGAACUCAACUUUUUGUAAUGUUGUUACUUUUGAACCUUAUUACUGUCAGUUUAUUCAGUUCUUACUGUUAAAACUUUAACAGUACUUUAUGGAUGUAUUAUAUUUCAUGUAUACAUGUUAUAUAUAUAUAUAUAUAUAUAUAUAUUGUCAUUCACAAAUGUAAGAAUUAAUCAUAGUAAUGAAUGCAAUAUUUCAAUUCAUUGUACAAUUUUAUUUUAAUUUUUUAAAUUGUCAUCAAUAUAUGGACAAGGUUUGUGUUAUUUAUAAAAAUCUGAUGAACAUGAUUAUUUUGUAUUAAAAUUACUUAUAGAUAAUGUGCUACUAAUAUCAAUGGUUCAGUCUGAAUCUAAAGUAUGUGCUUAACAUUGUGUAUGACAUGCUAUAGUUUCAUGCUAAAGCCUUUAAUAUGAAAAGGCUUAAAUUUUCUGUUAUCAGAAAUGUACAAUUAUGUUUUGUCUUUAGCUCACCUGAGCACAACGUGCUCAUGGUGAGCUUUUGUGAUCGCUUUUUGUCCGUCGUCCGUUGUGCGGCGUCAACAUGUGCCUUGUUAACUCUCUAGAGGCCACAUUUAUUGUCCAAUCUUCAUGAAAUUUGGUCAGAAGAUUGGUUUCAAUGUUAUAUUGGAUGAGUUCGAAAAUGGUUACGUUUGCUUGAAAAACAUGGCUGCCAAGGGGGGGGGACACUUUUCCUUAUAUGGCUUCAUAUGGCUAUAGUAAAAUCUUGUUAACACUCUAGAGGCCACAGUUAUUGUCUGAUCUUCAUAAAACUUGGUCAGAAGAUUCAUCCCAAUAAUAUCUUGGACGAGUUCGAAAAUGAUGCUGGUUGGUUGAAAAACAUGGCCGCCAGGGGGCAGGGGCAUUUUUCCUUAUAUGGUUAUAUAGUAAAACCUUGUUUACACUCUAGAGGCCACAUUUAUUUUCCGAUCUUCAUGAUAUUUGCUCAGAAGAUUUUUCCCACUGAUAUCUUGGAUGAAAUCAAAAAUGGUAACCUUUGCGUGAAAAACAUGUCUGCCAAGGGGCGGGGCAUUUUCCUUAUAUGGCUAUACAUAUAUAUGGCUAUAGUAAAAUUUGUUAACACUCUAAAGGCCACAUUUAUUGUCCAAUCUUCAUUAAACUUGGUCAGAAGAUUCAUCUUAAUAAUAUCUUGGACGAGUUCGAAAAUGAUGCCGGUUGGUUGAAACACAUGGCUGCCAGGAGGCGGGGCAUUUCUCCUUAUAUGGCUAUAGUAAAACAUUGUUAACACUCUAGAGGCCACAUUUAUUGUCCAAUCUUGAUGAAAUAUGGUCAGAAGAUUUGUCUUAAUGAUAUCUUGGAUGAGUUCGAAACUGGUUACGUUUGCUUGAAAAACAUGGCCGCCAAGGGGCGGGGCAUUUUUCCUAAUAUGGCUAUAUAAGGCUAUAGUAAAAUCUUGUCAACACUAGAGGCAACAUUUAUUGUCCGAUCUUCAUGAAACUCGGUCAGAAGAUUCAUCCCAAUAAUAUCUUGGACGUGUUAAAAAAUGAUGCCGGUUGGUUAAAAAACAUGGCCACCACGGGGGAGGGGCUAUUUUCCUUAUAUGGCUAUAGUAAAAACCUUGUUAACACUCUAGAGGUCACAUUUAUUUUCCGAUCAUCAUGAAACUUGGUCAGAAGAUUUGUCCUAAUGAUAUCUUGGAUGAGUUCGAAAAUGGUUUUGGUUGCUUUAAAAACAUGGCCACCAGGGGCGGGGCAUUUUUCCUUAUAUGGCUAUAUAUGGCUAUAGUUGAACCUUGUUAACCCUCCAGAGGCCACAUUUAUUGUCCAAUGAAAUUCAGUCAGAAGAUUGGCCUCAAUGAUAUCUUGGAUGAGUUCGAAAAUAAUUAUGUUUGCUUGAAAAAAAUGGCUUCCAAGGGGCGGGGCAUUUUUCCUUAUAUGGCUAUAGUAAAAUCUUAAUUUGUUGACACUCUAGAGGCCACAUUUAUUGUCAAAUCUUCAUGAAACUUGGUCAGAAGAUUCAUCCAGAUAAUAUCUUAGAAGUGUUAAAAAUGAUGCCUGUUGGUUGAAAAACAUGGCUGCCAGGGGGCGGGGCAUUUUUCCUUAUAUGGCUAUAGUAAAACUUUGUUAACACUCUAGAGGCCACAUUUAUUUUCCGAUCUUCGUGAAACUUGGUCAGAAGAUUUGUCCCAAUAAUAUCUUGUUAUCUUAGGUGAGGGACUUUGGGCCUUUCAUGCCCUCUUGUUUUAAUUUAUAACUUACGUUUUUCAAAUGCAAAAUUAGGAAAAAGCCUUGCCCUCUGGUGGCCAUAUCUUUCAAGGAACCUUAACCCUUUUCCAAAUUAGCAAAACAAAUGUUCUGAUACAGUUUCAUUAAGAUUGGACCAUAAAGAGAGUUGACUACUUCUAGAGAGUUAACAAGGUUUUACUAUAAUCAUAUAAGGAAAAAUGCCCCGCCCCUGGUGGUCAUGUUUUUGACAAACUCAUCCAAGAUAUCAUUCGAACAAAUGUUCUAACUAAGUUACAUGAAGAUUGGACAAUAACUGUGAUUUCUAGAGUGUAAACAUGGUUUCACUGCAGCCAAAUUAGGACAAAUGCCCCACCCCCUGGCAGCCAUGUUUUUCAACCAACCGGAACCAUUUUCAAACUCGUCUAGAAUAUCAUUGGGACAAAUCUUUUGACCAAGUUUCAUGAAGAUCAGACAAAAAAUGUGGCCUCUAGAGUGUUAACAAGGCAAAUAUUGACAACGCAUGUCUGACAAAAGACAAUCACAAAACCUUACCAUGAGCAUUUUGUGCUCAGCUUAGAUCAUGAUUCUUUAUACUGCUAAAAUUAGAUGAAAAUGGAUGAAAUUAAAUUAUAAAAAAAAAGAAUUUGUGGAAAAACCCUGGAAUUCAGUCUUUAGUUACAGUAUCAAUUCUAUUGGACUAUCAUGAAGCUGUUAUUAUUUAAGUCUUCAUGAUAAUUCUUUACUUGCUUGUUAACAUUUUGAUUUAAAUGUAUUAUGUUUUUGUUAUUGUACAUACAUUCUUACUCAUAAAUAAUAUUUCAAAACUUAA